GCGCGCGUAUGUAUCCCAUUCCAAAUUUAAAAUCCCAAAAUGUUAUUUAUUUAUUUUAAUUUUAAUAAUUCAAUUCUUAAAUUUAAAAGAAUUUGAAAUUUUAAUUGUAUUCGACGUUCGAUCGGCAAGCAGCGGUUCGUGGGUGGAAAGCAUGCCGCGCGCCGGCGCCCUCCUGCUGGCGCUCGCGGCUGUCCUGAUCGCCGCCGAGUGCGCGCACGCAUCCUACAUCGACCCUGGAGACGAAGACGUUGAAGUCAAUUUGCCAGAUUACGGAGAGGAUCCAGCCGACCUGCAGAUGUUACAGGAUGUUGGAAAACGAUCGUCGCUGAUCUACGUUUUCAGGCGCGCCUGCAUCCGGCGAGGCGGCAACUGCGACCAUCGACCCGGCGACUGCUGCCACUCCUCGUCCUGCCGCUGCAACCUCUGGGGCUCCAACUGCCGCUGCCAGCGGAUGGGCCUCUUCCAGAAGUGGGGGUGAGCCCGCCCCCGCCACACGGCUCCCUUGAAGCGGCGACCAACUCCCGCCAGCCGACUUGACCGCCGCUCCAUCGGACGCGACAACCAUUGCGUUUAAAACGGACCCGUUGCGUUUUUUCACACUUCACAUUCCGCUUCUUACUUCAUUCCGCUCUAAAUUAGAGAGAUUCUAAUCGAAAACAGGGACCUAGAUUUUAGUUUGGAAAUAUUUUUGGACAUUGUAUACAAAAUUUAGAGUCUGUAUUUGGAAAUGUUGAUUUCUCUCAUGUUAUGUUGUUUGUCCUUGUUUAUCUGAUUGAGCCGAGUGUCCGCUUACGUGGUUGGGCAAUCACCCAGCCUUAUUGCCCAAUCAGUACGCUCGACGCCAUGCUCGGGCAAUCAGACCCUGACAGCUGCCUCUGGCGAUGCGUCUCUGGUCUCUUCAGUUCAAAAUAUUUUAGUUUUCACCACGAGACGUGUCGCUCUAAGGUAGUUCACUUUCUAUUGCAAUGUAUGUAUGUAGAGUUAAGUAAGCUAACAGUAGAGGAAUAAAGAGUAGCUGCUAAAUUGGUGGUAAACUUAUGUCAAUAGGAAGUAGAAAUUACAAAAUAGAAAAAAAAUAUAAAUGUACUUUAAAAGUAAAUGUUCUAGUCUAGUCAUUAAGAGACUAACGGUAACGGAAAACUUGGUGAAAGACGCUAUAAUAAGCCUUUAUAUAUGAAUACUAUGCCAUGUAUUUGCGAUUGGCAACUUAGAUUUUUAAAUACAUAUAAAUCAUUAUGAUUAAUAAACGAAUCUUUAAUGUACUUUAUGCUACUCUCGGACAGGGGGUAUAUGGUAUUGCAGCCUAGUAGAUUCUCUGUACGUAGCUUCUUUUAUUGUACGUUCCUGAUCGUGGAAUAUAGUAAUUGUACUAAUAAUAUUGGAAUAUGGAAAUGAUAAAUUAUAUUAAUAAAUGUUUAUGGACGAAA